AUGGCGGGGCGGCCCGGGCCCGCGGGGACGGGCUGCCGCACCCCCCGGGGCCUAUGGGGAAUGGGCCUCCCACCCCCCCGGGCUGACCUGAGCGGCCUGUGGCAGCCCCCCAGCCGGGUGUGUCCCCCCGACGCCAGCAGCCGCAGCGCUGGCCGCUCUGCCGGUCCCGGCGCAGCUCAGAGCUACUUCAGGCAGCUGCGGCGCCAGAAACGCCGAACAAACCCAGGUUACGCAGAGCGCGGAAACCCCCCGCUCCGCCUCCGCUCGCAAGCCGAGCAGCCAGCCCAACGGCCCAGCCCUGCCACGGCCCGGCACCACCGGCGGUACCGGCCCCCGAACCCCCCGGCACCACCGGGCGGUACCGGCCCCCGAACCCCCGAACCCCCCGGCACCACCGGGCGGUACCGGCCCCCGAACCCCCGAACCCCCCGGCACCACCGGCGGUACCGGCCCCCGAACCCCCCGGCACCACUGGGCGGUACCGGCCCCCGAACCCCCGAACCCCCCGGCACCACCGGGCGGUACCGGCCCCCGAACCCCCGAACCCCGCCCGUGCUGCCGCCGGGCGCCGGCAGGGGGCGCGGGCUGCGCGUGACGAUCCCAGUGCCGUGUGUGCCCGAAGGCCCCAGGAAGCAGCGCCAGGGCAGGCGUUAA